AUGGCGCGAGGACGAGGACGGCCGAAGAAGAAGGUGGUCUCUCCUCUGAGCACGACUCUGGAAUUGGAUAGGAAAACAGAGACAAGUAGUACUUCAAGAAGCGAAUCGAAUGAGGAACCACAUGGGAUCCUUGAGGGGAAAACAAUUGAGGUGAAAGUCAUGAAAGUAACCCAGCCGAGUUUGAAACCUGUUGAGGAAAGCCCUAAGAAAUUAUGGGUUGAUGUGAUCAGUGGUAACCGAACCCCUGAGAAUGGUCUGCCGAUAGAGUUUAGCGCUCCAAACCUGGUUGACGGUGAAUUACAAGGGGAAAUUGAAGAAGAUGAUGUGUUUGACGAGAAAUGUGACUGGGAAGCUGCUUUGAUAAUGUAUGCUAUUGGGAAGGAUUUGAGCAUGCACACUGUUAAGCAAUUUAUGGAAAGAAUGUGGAACUUUGUUCAGCUCCCCCUCAUGUAUUACCACGAUGAAGGAUACUUCAUCCUGAAGUUCAAGGACAUCGAGGACCGGGACAAAGUUCUAAUGAAGGGAUCGUACACGAUUCAUAAUGUGUCGAUGAUACUAAAAGAAUGGGACUCUGAGUUUGAUUUCAAAAGGGAUAGCCUCAGGACUUUACCUAUAUGGAUCAAGCUACCCCAAUUGCCAUUGCAUCUUUGGGGGGCAAUGAGUUUGGGGAAAAUCGGCAGCGCAUUUGGGAAACCACUUUUUACAGAUGAGUGCACCGCUAACAAGCUGAGAGUGUCGUAUGCAAGAAUCCUAGUCGAGGUGGAUAUUACUCAAAAACACCAGGAUAGCAUCAAAAUCAAGGAUAGUAAUGGGAGGAUGAUUGAACAGAACAUUGAGAUGGAAUGGAAACCUAAGUACUGUGAAAUUUGCCAAAGGUCUGGGCACCAGUGCACAAAGGAUGAUGGUAAAAAACAAUGGAAGGCCAAAGUUAAGGUACCAAUCCCUACUUUGGAGGCUGAAAAUGUAGCGGAACCUCCUAAACAGGCCAUUGAAGGUAAUAAUGUAUGGACUGAAGUGGCAAAUAGCAGAAAGCACAAAGGUAAAUCCCCUGAAGGUCCUCUACUAGAGAAAAGCAGUGAGGUUAAUUGUCACAAUGGAUUUGAUUCCCUGAGAGAUGUUCCGGGAUCUAGCAACCCCUUUGGGGAAUGA